AUGUUCUCCCGUGCUGUUACUAGGCCUGCUCUUAUCACGGCGCUGGGCGCUCGCAGUGCCCUCGUCCCCGUGGCUGGUUUCCACGCGAGCGCCGCUCCCCAGGCGUCGCUCCGUGAACUGGAAGCCCGUCUUAAGAGUGUGAAGAACAUUAAGAAGAUCACCAAGUCGAUGAUGAUGAUCGCCUCGACUCGUCUCGGUCGUGCUCAGCGUGCCAUGAAUGCGGCUGUUGCGUUUGGCGACGCCAGCGAGGAGGUUUACAAGCAGUCGGAGGUUCAGGUGCCGGAGGGCGGUAAGCAGCUGUUCAUUGUUGUCUCUUCCGACAAGGGCCUUUGCGGUGGUAUUCACUCAUCUGUGUCGAAGCGUACCCGCUCCGAGGUGGCUCAGAUUGCCAAGGCUGGUGGUGAGUCGCCGAGCGUGGUGGUUCUGGGUGAGAAGGCAAAGGGCCAGCUGAGCCGUGCCAUGCCCCAGAACCUGGCGCUCUCCUUCAACCAGAUCGGCAAGGGUGUUCCUACCUAUGACGAUGCCCUGGCUAUCACUGACACCAUCAUGAAGAGCGGUAUCGAAUUCGACAAGAUCAACAUUAUCUACAACAAGUACGUCUCGUCGAUCUCGUUUGAGUCGACGGUUGUACCUGUGUACAGCGAGAAUGCUCUUCUCGAAGCGCCUAAGUUUGGCGCGUACGAGAUGGAGGAGGGCACCGCUAAGGACCUUGCUGAGUUCUCGUUCACCAACGCUGUCUUUGCUGCGCUGGUCGAGGGUCACGCGUCGGAGAUUAACAGCAAGCGUAAUGCCAUGGACAACGCCUCGAAGAAUGCUGGUGACAUGAUCACCAACCUCAACCUGCUGUACAACCGUGGACGCCAGGCCACUAUCACCAACGAGCUUAUCGACAUUAUUACUGGUGCUUCGUCGCUGUGA